UACCGCCCCAUCCUCUCGAAGUUACUCAUAUCCUCCAAUUAUGAUAUCCAUGUUCAAUACAAAUACUUGUCCCUGUAUCGGCACCUAGUACUCCCGGCCCUCGGCCCCUACCCAAAGCGUGACAAGGAAAAGGGGAUAAUCGCGACGCAAUGGCGCAGUGGAAUGGUCCUCACAGGGUUGCCCAUCGAAUUCAGUAACAACAUAGCGCAGGCGUUGAUUCGCAUUGGUGUCGAUCCCGUCACUCCUGAAUCUGGCACAGCGCAAGACCCAUUUAACACAACUGCGCCGAAGGGCUAUCUGGAGGCGGCCUCACGUCUGCUGCCGGGGGUGGACCUCGAACGUUUUUACGAUUUCGAGAAGGAGUUGGUGAUCACAAAGGAAGAGGAAGCAGUCCUCAAGUCCAACCCGGACAUGUUCAAGAGCCCCUGGAAGUCCCAAAUAAUCACCGCAAUGGAUUUAAAAAAAUCCGGGGCCGUGAUGGCCAAGGCGUAUUUCUACCCGCAGCCAAAAUCGGCGGUGACCGGUCGUUCUACCGAGGAGCUUCUGGUCAACGCAAUUCGAAAGGUUGAUCGGGAGUCGCGCUUCGAGACCCAGCUGGCCAACCUUGAACAAUACCUGGACCGGCGUCGCCAGGGCCACGGACCAGUCAGGGCGAACAGGCCCUCCCGGACCACAGACGCAGAUGAGGUCUUUGACAAAUGUUCUUUCUUCCCUCACUUCCUUGCCACGGACCUUGUGGAACCCGGCAAAUCGCGUGUGAAAAUCUACGUGAGCGAGCGGCAGGUGGAUCUGAAGAUGGUCGAAGAUAUCUGGACCUUUGGGGGAGCCCGAACCGAUCCGGACGCACUCGCGGGCCUGGAAAUGCUCAGGCACUUCUGGUCCGACAUCCACAUGCGAGAGGGCUGGUAUACCAUGCCGCUUGACUUCUGCGAGCUGGGUAAGCCCUCAGCUGGCUUCGAGGCACCAAUGAUGUUCCACUUCCACCUUGACGGGAGCUCUUCCCCAUUUCCCGAGCCCCAGAUGUAUGUCUGCGUCUUUGGCAUGAACUCACGCGACCUAGUCGAUGGACUGACCACCUUUUACCGUCGUGUUGGCUGGGAGGACAUGGCGACACACUAUAAGUCGAAUUUUCUUGCUAAUUACCCCGGCGAGGACUUUAACCAGGCAGCUCAUCUAUGCGCGUAUGUCUCGUUUUCCUACAAGAAUGGCGGUGCCUAUGUGACUCUCUACAACCACAGUUUCAAUCCCGUUUCGUCCCUGAAGGUUCCUAAUUGA